AAACGACGGCAAGUUUAUACUGAAGCUGGGAACCUGAAAAUAAAUUUUCUUUCAAACAUUAUAACAGUUUAAGAGAGGUACAUCUGAAAUAAAUGGAUGGAUGGAUGGACAGGAUGAAGAGAUAGAUAGAUAGAUAGAUAGAUAGAAGGAUGGGCAGAAAGACAGACAGACAGACAGACAGAUAGAUAGAUAGAUAGAUAGAUAGAUAGAAGUAUGGAUGGAUGAACAGAUUGGUGGAUGGACGGAUGGACGGACAGACAAACAGACAUAGAUUAAUGGAUGGAUGGACGGAUGGUAUGGAUAGUAUGGAUGGAUUGAUGUAUGAACAGAUUGGAUGGACGGAUUGGUUGAUGGACAGACAGACAAACAGACAGAUAGAUAGAAGAAUGGAUGGAUGAACAGAUUGGUGGAUGGACGGACAGACAGAUAGAUAAAUGGAUAAAUAGAAGGAUGGACGGACAGACAAAUAGAUAGAUGGCGCAAUUCCCUUGUCUUUACAGUAGGGUAAUACAACAUGGUGCUGAUGCUGCAGCUUUAGGUGGGCGGGCUCUAAAUGUGACGUCAUGACCCAAACGGGGAUAGCCGGGAAACAGAGGUGGGGAGAUGAGGGGAGGACCAGAGACGGGAGAGAGAGAGACAGAUAGAGAGAGAGAAAGAGAGAGAGAGACUGUGCACCAAAGAUAACACAAAGGAAAAAGACCCAGAGGAAAUAAAAAUGAUAAGGCGCUCAGUCCGGUGUGUGAGUCUGCGCUGAGGAAAUGAACACAAACCCUGACAAGUGUGUGCAGAACUCCAGAGCGUGAUGUCCUCUCCUGGAAUGGGCACGCCCAGCGACCCCCUCUUAGCCAGCCCGGGGCGAGACGGCUUCGGGACGGCCCAAGGUGACACAUGGAGGCCGACCCUUCCCAAAACCUGCAGCUUCCCGACGUCCAACACACGGCACCUAAGCCACCGGGCCAACAGCUUCCAGAGGCAUCCAAAACGGCGGAAGCUCAUCCGUCCGUCUCCGCCCCCUCCUCCCAACACACCUUGCCCUCUGGAGCAGCUGGACCUCAGCGAUCUGCCUCCACGCCGCACUUUUUCUGAGCUCCUCUUCAACGGUUGCGUUCUGUUCGGCAUCGAGUUCAGCUAUGCCAUGGAGACGGCCUACGUUACCCCCUUGCUCCUUCAGAUGAACCUGCCCGAUCAGUUCUACAGCCUUGUGUGGUUCAUCAGCCCCAUAUUAGGGUUCCUGCUUCAGCCGAUCCUCGGAGCAUGGAGUGACCGGUGUAGAUCACGCUUUGGCCGCCGGAGACCUUUUAUCUUUGUCUUAGCCAUCGGCGCUCUGCUCGGUCUAACGCUGGUUCUGAAUGGACGGGACAUUGGAUCUGCGAUAGCAGACACUGCUGUGAAUCACAAGUGGGGCAUCGUGCUGACCGUGUGUGGAGUGGUUCUGAUGGACUUUAGCGCUGACUCGGCGGAUAAUCCCAGCCACGCCUACAUGAUGGAUGUGUGCAGUCCAGAGGACCAGGACAGAGGCCUCAACAUCCACGCACUCCUGGCAGGUCUGGGUGGUGGAUUUGGCUACAUCGUGGGCGGGGUGAACUGGGAUCACACCGAGUUUGGCAAGUCAUUGGGAGGUCAGCUUCGAGUGAUCUACCUGUUCACCAGCAUAACCCUUGUAAUCGCUACAGCUCUGACGCUUACUAGCAUCCCCGAGCGUCCUCUUCUGCAGUCUCAAAAAAGUGGCUCGAAACAUUUGAAGAGCCCCAUCCUGCUUCUGCCACCUUCUCCACCGCCACCUGCUGCAGCCCUUCAGGAGGCGGAAGAGGAGGAGGAAGGUCUCUACAGCUACCAGUUCUCUGGCCGUAGGUACCCGGAUUGUUUGGGACACUCGUGUAGCGCCAACGCGAGGCUCUGUGCGGGUCUCACCAGCCCCAUCUCCCCUCUCAGCCCACUGACACCCAAAUAUGGCAGCUUUAUCAGCCGAGACAACACUCUGACAGACAUUAACGAGUUUGCAUCGUCCUUGGGAACGUCAUACAUAGAUAACGUGCUGAUUGACUGUUACACUGGACAGCACAUGCCCCAACCGUUGAAGCCCGAGACCAUGACUCCAUGCCUUCCUAUGGGAGAAACUCCUCCUGCUCAGGUGUCACAGCUGGUCGAGGAACCGUCUCCAGCUGCCAACUCUCAGGAAAGGGAAUUAUCUCAACCGAACGGAGAUCUGCAGGAAGCAGAAAGAUUAGAGGCUAUUGAUGAAGUUCAAGCCAGUGAAUGUUUAGAGUUGAACGAAGCAUCUGAGCUCAGCGAGGCUCCGCAGGACGUUGGCGGAUUAAAACACGGAAGCAGCACCUCAGGGAUCCUGAAACGCCCACAGAGUCUGGCCUUAAUGGACGAGCCGCUGAUCUGCCCCAGCAACGGCAUGGAGAACGGGCGUAGACGCACUGUUACCUUCAGCCAACAGGUUGCCAACAUCCUCCUAAAUGGGGUGCAAUAUGACAGUAAGCUCAGUGACAACACAGAGGUUAUAGACAAUCAGAUGUCUCUGAAGCUGCUCUGUAUAGCCAUCUACAGGAUGCCCCCGUCCCUGCGCAGCCUGUGCACCAACCACUUCCUGGGCUGGCUGUCCUUCGAAGGCAUGCUGCUUUUCUACACGGACUUCAUGGGCGAGGUGGUGUUUGGGGGCGACCCCAAGGCGCCGGACAAGUCUGAGGCCUACCAGCGCUACAAUGCCGGGGUCAGCAUGGGCUGCUGGGGCAUGUGCAUCUAUGCAUUUAGUGCUGCUUUCUACUCAGCCAUCCUGGAGAAGCUGGAGGAACGCUUCUCUCUGCGCUCUCUGUAUUUCUUCGCCUACCUGGCGUUUGGCUUGGGCACGGGUCUGGCCACACUCUCCACCAACCUGUACGUGGUGCUGUCUCUUUGUGUCACCUAUGGUAUCCUGUUCUCCUCACUCUGCACGCUGCCUUAUUCACUGCUCUGUGAAUAUUACCAGAGCCCACAGUUCUGCGGUUCCACAGAGGACGGCACCAGGAGGGGUAUGGGGGUGGACAUCUCUCUUCUCAGCUGCCAGUACUUCCUGGCCCAGAUCCUGGUCUCCGUGGCGAUGGGACCUCUGACUUCGCUAGUGGGCGGGGCUCAGGGCGUGAUGUACUUUGCGAGCCUCAUGUCAUUUGUGGGCUGCAUGUACUCCUCGCUGUGUGUGGUGUACCAGCUGCCACCUCCGGAGGGUGAGCGCUCACAGAGUGAGAGCCAACCACUACUGGUGCACAUAUAAAUUCACAGCACGUAUACACACACACACACACACACACACACACACACACACACACACUCAUAGAGGCCUGUAAACAUACACAUACAUGCACAUUAAUUUUUAGAUAGCACUAAUUACUGACAUGUCUCACAUCAUGCAAGAAGCUUUUUUUUUAAAAGUUUUUUUUUUAUUACCCAAGGCAUGUUUGAUUCCCUUUCCACACACUAAGUCUGUUUACAUGCACAACAAUAAUCUGAUCUAAUUAUCUGAUUUUGGCACAUCUGUACAAGUGUGUACAUGUGACCGGUCAAAAACACAAUGUUUUGUGCAAAUUCGAAAACAAUAAAAACUCCCUAAAACGAUUGCCCCGUGUUAAAAAGAAAAAAAUGCUGCAGGAAGGUUGAAUUUUUAUGGCGGUUGGAAAAUCACUGUAGAUGUGCUGUGCGUGCCAUAUUUAGAUUAGAAAGAAAUUCGAUUAUUGAUGCAGUCAGGUUUCUGACUGCCCCCGAUUUACCCCUGUAGGUCCCAAAAACACACGCUACAAAGUGGGUGAUUUACAAAUGUGUGUGAAUUGUGUCACAUGUAAAGCUUUGUUCUAAGCAAUCGGCGCUCGCCAGUCGGCAGUCGAUCAUUAUGUGUGAACUACUCGACGACGAUCAAAGAGUGCUGACACAUCGCCGAGGCAUCACCAACGCCAGACAGAUAUUUGGCAUGCUAAAUAUCUGGAGCUGUCGGGCGAUUCCACAUCCUGUCGUGUGAAAAGUGUCGUGACUGGCAGCGAUUGCGGUGAUGAGCUGCAGCCAAUGAGAGAGCAAGGGAUGGAGUGAGGUCACCGUGAGGAAGGGAAACCUACAUGUGGUAAUCCAUUCAUUCACCCAGUUUCUUUGACUUUUCCUUUUUGGGGUUUCUUCAGCACAAAUCAUCGCGCGAACAGCUUGCACUGCUUGUUUCUGUCCAAGUCCAUCUUCAAAUAAACAACUCCUGUUUCGCACGUGGUUUUCAUGUCAUACAUCAGUGUCACUUCUCGCGUGUUUUCGUGACAAAACGUAGUUUGGACACCAGAUAGUGUCGUUACGUGACAGAGUCGUCGUCAGAUCGUGUAGUGUGUGUGACCCUGUCCCUGAGCAAUCAUGUAGUGCAAACACCACGACGAUUUCAAGACCCCCGAUUACAAGAGAGCAAGUAGUCAUGUAGUCUGAACAGCACAGCGAUCUGCUGACGUUGAAAGUUUUGUUGUGUGAACUAGACUUAAAGUAGGGCUAGAAAACAACGUGUUUAGGGUUGUGUAUGUGUGUGUGCUGUUUUCUCUUAAUAGCUAUAAGGAGUUCUGAUGUCCAAAAGACUCCUGGAAGAGCCAAACUGAAACUAAACCUUAAUAUAACAGAUUAAAGGCUAUGAAAUGUGGGCGUACCUGUCCAAAAUAUGAUACAAACGCAAAACAAAAUUGUGCUUGGUCUGUUCAUAGUGUAACAUGAAUUAAGUUUUCACAGUCUUUAUUUAAAUGCUGUGGGAUUCGUAUCGUUUUGAGACAUUGACACAUAACCUUGACUUAUCUCAUGAAUACUUAACGUUUAUACACCGAUCAGCAAUAACAUUGCAAAAACCACUGACAGGUGACGUGAAUAACAGUGAUUAUAUUGCUACAAUGGCACCUGUCAAGGGGUGAGAUAUAUUUAUUAGGCAGCAAGUGAACAGUCAGUUCUUGAUGUUGACGUGUUGGAAGCAGGAAAAAUGGGCAAGUGUAAGGAUCUGAGCGACUUUGACAAGGGCCAGAUUGUGAUGGUUAGACGACUGGGUCAGAGAAUCUCCACUACCUCAGGUCUUGUGAGGUGUUCCCGGUACGCAGUGGUUAGUACCUAUCAAAAGUGAUCCAAGGAAGGAUAAUCAGUGAACUGCUGACAGGGUUAUGGCCGCCCAAGGCUCAUUGAUGCGUGUGGGGAGCGAAGACUAGCCUGUCUGAUCCGAUCUCACAGAAAAGCUAUCUUAGCACAUACUGCUGGCUCUGAUAGAAAGGAGUCAGAACACGCAGUGUGUCACAGUUUGCUGUGUAUGGAGCUGCAUAUGUGGCUGCAGACCGGUCAGAGUGCCCAUGCUGACCCCUGUACACCACCGAAAGCACCUACAAUGGGCACGUGAGCAUCAGAACUGGACCAUGGAGCAAUGGAAGGUGGUGGCCUGGUCUGAUAAAUCACUUUUUCUUCAACAUCAUGUGGACACUGUGUGUGUCACUUACCUGAGGAAGAGAUGGCACUAUGCACAAUGUUCUGCUGGGAAAUCUUGGGUCCUGGCAUUCAUGUGGAUGUUACUUUGACUCGUACCACCUACCUAAACAUUGUUGCAGACCGAGUACACACCUUCAAGACAACGGUAUUCCCUAAUAGCAAUGGCCUCUUUCAGCAGGAUAACACGCCCUGGCACACCACAAAAAUGGUUCAGGAACAGUUUGAGGAACAUGACAGAGUUCAAGGGGUUGACCUGGCUUCUAAAUUCCUCAGAUCUCAGUCUGAUCGAGCGUCUGUGGGAUGUGCCGAACAUACAAGAUCCAUGGAGGCCCCAUCUUGCAACUUACAGGACUUAAAGGAUCUGCUGCUAACGUCUUGGUGCCGGAUACCACAGCACACCUUCAGAGGUCUUGUGGAGUCCACGCCUCCACAGGUCAGAGCUGUUUUGGCACUACACAAUAUUAGGCAGGUGGUUUUAAUGUUG